AUGGCAGAUAUUAAAGAGACGGCAGUGAAUCAGGUGAAUGAUGCUGCUCAGUUGGCCACUGUCCCGUCGUACGUCCAAGAAAAGACGGAAGUAUGCGCGGACAUCAAUCACGUCGCUGAACUUGGGAUAGAGAACGCCAAGGAGCUGGAGAAGAAGAUUGUCCGUAAGCUGGACAUCUGGAUGCUCCCCCAACUCUGGAUUCUUUAUAUGUUCAACUACCUUAACCGUACAAACAUCGCCCAGGCCCGCCUGAACACCUUCAAUGAGGAUCUCAAUCUCAAGGAUGGAGACUACCAGACUGCAGUUGCCAUCUUGACUGUUGGAUACAUGGUUGCCCAGCUGCCAUCGAAUAUGCUCAUCACCCGAGUGCGACCGUCCGUUUACCUCCCUGUCGCAGCUUUCAUCUGGUCAGGUGUCUCGGCCCUCACCGUUGUUUGCACCAGCGCUGGGGGCCUCUGGGGCGUCCAGUUCAUUCUAGGCAUUGUCGAAGCGCCACUCUUCCCUGGCGCCGUUUUCCUCAUGUCUUGCUGGUACACCCGCCGAGAGUUCGCCCUCCGUGUUGCCCUGCUCUACUCCGGCCUGGUCCUCGCCCAGGCAUUCUCUGGUCUGAUUGCUGCUGGCGUUUUUGCCGGCCUCGAUGGCCCCAUGGGCCUUGCCGGAUGGAAGUGGCUCUUCAUCCUCGAGGGCGCUCUCAGUGGCUUCUUUGCAAUUACAGCCUAUUUUGUCCUGCCCAACUACCCAGACUCCACCAGCGGUGGUGCGAUGUGGUAUAUGACAGAGGAUAUGCGCAAGCUAGCCGCUGCGCGAAUUCUCGAUGACCGAGUUGAGUACUCUGAGAAGUCUACCGUGUGGCACGGACUUAAGCUUGCCGUCACGGAUCUUAAGCUUUACAUGUUCUUGUUCUUGAACAUCUUCAUCACCUCUUCAUAUGGAUUCAACAACUUCUUCCCCACUAUCGUGAACGGACUAGGUUUUGGAACCAGAAUUACCUCACUGUUAAUGACUGCCCCUCCCUAUGUUUGGGGAACGCUCUGCACAUUCUUUGUCGCAUGGGACUCUGAUCGCCGCCGUGAACGUGGCCUGCAUAUCAUCAUUCCUCUGUCAUGCUCGGUUGUCGGAUUCAUUGUCACCGUCGCGACCGGCAACCCCUCAGUCCGAUAUGCCAUGACUUUCCUCUACGCGGCCGGCUGCUUCUCUGCAAACACCCUUCAAUACACCUGGGCCGUGUCGACACUCGGCCAGACCCCUGAGAAGCGGGCAGCCGGUGGCGCCAUUGUCAACAUCUUUGGUCAUCUGGGUAACGUCAUUUCACCCUAUUUCUUCCCAGACAGGGACCAGCCCCGGUACACCAUGGCCAUGAUUCUGCAGAUUGUCUUCGCGGGGCUGGCUAUUUGCCUGGCGAGCGUGGUCAAGUGGCACUUGGUGAGGAAGAACAAGAAGCUGCAAGCAGAGGCGGAUCGAUUAGGUAUUGCCUGCAACCCUUUCACCACUUAA